UCACUGCGCCCUGCGAGGGCGGGAGCGUGCUGCACCGGGAGCUGGGGCGGCUGAGCUGCUGGGAGCCCUGCUUCAGCCCAGUAGAGAGGCACGGGUGGAGCCAGGGCUUUGCGUGGCCAGGCCAGGAGGAGUGGUGCGGCUCUGCGACAAAAACAGUGGCCAGAGAUGCUGGGGCCAGCUCUCCCCACCAGCUGCUGGUGGUGGUGACAAUGUCCAAUAACGGCCUAGACAUUCAAGAUAAACCCCCAGCCCCUCCAAUGAGAAACACCAGCACUAUGAUUGGAGCUGGCAGCAAAGAUGCUGGAACUCUGAACCAUGGUUCCAAACCUCUGCCUCCAAAUCCAGAGGAGAAGAAAAAGAAGGACCGAUUUUACCGAUCCAUCUUACCUGGAGAUAAAACAAAUAAAAAGAAGGAGAAGGAACGGCCAGAGAUUUCUCUCCCUUCAGAUUUUGAGCACACAAUUCACGUUGGUUUUGAUGCUGUCACAGGGGAGUUUACAGGGAUGCCAGAGCAGUGGGCCCGCUUACUUCAGACAUCAAAUAUCACUAAGUCGGAGCAGAAGAAAAACCCACAGGCUGUUCUUGAUGUAUUGGAAUUCUAUAACUCAAAGAAGACCUCCAACAGUCAGAAGUACAUGAGCUUUACAGAUAAAUUAGCUGAGGAUUAUAAUUCUUCUAACACUUUGAAUGUGAAGACAGUGUCUGAGACCCCCGCAGUACCGCCAGUUUCAGAAGAUGAAGAUGAUGAUGAUGAUGCUACCCCACCUCCAGUGAUUGCUCCACGCCCAGAGCACACAAAAUCUGUAUACACAAGGUCUGUGAUUGAACCACUUCCAGUUACUCCAACUCGGGACGUGGCUACAUCUCCCAUUUCACCUACCGAGAAUAAUACCACUCCUCCAGAUGCUCUGACCCGGAAUACUGAGAAGCAGAAGAAGAAACCUAAAAUGUCUGAUGAAGAGAUCUUGGAGAAACUACGGAGCAUAGUGAGUGUGGGCGAUCCUAAGAAGAAAUAUACACGGUUUGAGAAGAUCGGACAAGGUGCUUCAGGCACUGUGUACACUGCAAUGGAUGUGGCUACAGGACAAGAGGUGGCCAUUAAGCAGAUGAACCUUCAGCAGCAGCCGAAGAAAGAGCUGAUUAUUAAUGAGAUCCUGGUCAUGAGGGAAAAUAAGAACCCAAAUAUUGUGAACUAUUUGGACAGUUACCUUGUGGGAGAUGAGCUGUGGGUUGUCAUGGAAUACUUGGCUGGAGGCUCUUUGACAGAUGUGGUGACGGAAACCUGUAUGGAUGAAGGCCAGAUUGCAGCUGUGUGCCGUGAGUGCCUACAGGCUUUGGAGUUCCUGCAUUCCAACCAGGUCAUUCACAGAGACAUCAAGAGCGACAACAUCCUGUUGGGAAUGGAUGGCUCUGUCAAGCUAACUGAUUUUGGAUUCUGUGCACAGAUCACCCCAGAGCAGAGCAAACGGAGCACCAUGGUGGGAACCCCAUACUGGAUGGCGCCAGAGGUUGUGACGCGGAAGGCCUAUGGGCCCAAGGUUGAUAUCUGGUCCCUGGGCAUCAUGGCCAUCGAAAUGAUUGAAGGGGAGCCCCCAUACCUCAAUGAAAACCCUCUGAGAGCCUUGUACCUCAUUGCCACCAAUGGGACUCCAGAGCUUCAGAAUCCAGAGAAGCUGUCAGCUAUCUUCCGAGUUGAGAUGGAUGUGGAAAAGAGAGGUUCAGCUAAAGAGCUGCUGCAGCAUCAGUUCCUGAAGAUUGCCAAGCCCCUCUCCAGCCUCACUCCACUGAUUGCCGCAGCAAAGGAGGCAACCAAGAACAAUCACUAAAACCACUCUUACCCCAACCUCAUUGUGCCAAGCCGUCUGUGAAAUUAAUGCUCAUUUCAGAAAUUCCAACCCCUGGUGCCCUCGCUUCCUCGCCUUGCUCCUCCCAUUUCCUGGUCUAGCACUCUCAAGACUUCAGUUCUUAAAAACCGUGCGUCCAGCAUUGAAGAGAACUGCAACUGACUAAUCAAAUGAUGGCCAUUCCUAAAUAAGGAAUUUCCUCCCAAUUUGUGGAUGUGAAGGUGGUUUAUGAUCAAGGGUUUAUAUGAAUAAACUCUUGGACUCCUGUUUCUACAUAGCGGAAUCUUCUCCACACACCAAUUCCCCUCACCCCCUGGCUUAUCAGUUCUUGGCUAUAUAAAAUUUUGCCUUUAUAACAUCAAUUUGUAAUUGGUUGAAGUUUCCUUAGUGCUUGAUUUUCAGUGACGAAACUGCCCAAACUCCUUAUUGUACUUGAAAAUUGGAACAGCUUGAGGAAUGCCAUGGGGGUUGAUAAUCUACCAGGGACGUGAAAUGCCUCAGCUUCCUGGACCAUGACUUUGGCACAGCUGAUCCUGAUAUGGGAGAGAGAGCUACCACAUUUUCUUUGUGCUUCUAGCAACUGUUUGGGAGGGUCUUGACCCAGUAGUUUUCCCCAUGCUAUUUCUUGUGAAAUGGUCUUGGCUAUGUAGCAGCUUUUGACUCCCUACAUCCCCUAGGCUGCUGCACCCAGUCUGUCUUUGUUUAGAACAUUGAUAAAUUUCCUAGGGCAUAUGCUGGGUGAGAGCAGUGUGAGAAUUCAGAAAAGAAAAUUAAGCUGCUUUUAGAACAAGGCUGGACAUCAGCACCUGUCCAGUUAAUACCUAUGUGAUGUGUCAAGAACUCAGUCUCUUUUUUCUAUCUGGGAUAAAGAGCUGAAAGAUUAACUCAGAUCUUCUGAUGGCUUGAACCUUCAAGUCAUAGGGAAGGAUGUCCAAAUCUGAGAGAUGACAUGUUUUAGAUGGAUUUGGUGGCUUGAGAUGAUAUUCUGCCAGCUGUGAGAGAACCUUGUUUUUAUGAUGCAUGGCCAAGCUCUCUGCAAAUGAAAAUGCUUGCAUUGGGUGUUGGGGAUGUUUGCUACCUCCUGCUAUUUUUGUGGUUUUGGUCCAUCCACUAUGAUAGGACCCCUGGCCAGCAUUGUGGCUUGUCAUGUCAGCCCCAUUGGCUAUCUUGUUAUGCUCUGAGGUACCAUUGCCUCUGCAGCACAAGUUUUAUUUCCUUCAAUAAAAGGAGAUGGAAAUACUCUA